ACGACAGCGGCAGGUAAAGCAAGGCUGCGAACUCCGGUCCUCGAGUCGAUUGCCAGCAGACAGUAUAAUCAUUAUUCCGUGCUUUGGAUGUUCAUUAAUACACUUCCAGUCCGUUUACUAUAAACUUGUGUUUAGUUGUGCCGUGUUUGCCUACGAACUUUCGUCGUGAAACAACACAGUUCAGUUGUUAUUCCUACACAGACUGAUUGUUGAUAUUUUUUGUGUGCGGUAGUGGCCUGAAAUGCAUCGAUAGUCUACUUGACUCUGCGUACAGUGUGUUUGAUAAUAAUAUUUAUAACAACCAGUGCUAUUUAUAAUACAGGAACUGUUUCCCACUUCUGUGCAUAUAGGAACAUCAGGGUAAUGAGGAAGUAAUGCCCUAAUGGAAUACCGUUCAUUCAAGCUGACGGAUACGUUUUUUUCGACAAUACCAGUGCUCUUACGGGAUAGGAUUAGUUUAAUCAAGACACCAGUAUAAUGUCGGGAUCACUAAUGAACAACGACGACCACAGGUUGAAUCGGGAGAGCGGAGACGAUUCGGAGGACGAAAGCGAGAUCCUGGAGGAAAGUCCUUGCGGAAGAUGGCUAAAAAGGCGAGAAGAGGUAGAACAACGCGAUGUUCCCGGUAUCGACUCCGCCUUCCUGGCCAUGGACAUGGAAGAAGGUGUGGAAGUUGUCUGGAACGAGGUGCAGUUCUCCGAGAGGAAGAACUUCAAAAACCAGGAGGAAAAGAUACAGAGCGUGUUCGAAAACUUGACGCAGCUGGACCAUCCGAACAUCGUCAAGUUCCACCGCUACUGGACCGAUACGCAUAACGACAGACCCAGGGUUAUCUUCAUCACAGAAUAUAUGUCAUCUGGCUCGUUGAAACAAUUCCUCAAGCGCACCAAACGCAACGUCAAAAGAAUACCCCUACCCGCGUGGAGGAGAUGGUGCACUCAAAUCCUCUCAGCCUUAAGUUACUUGCAUUCCUGUACGCCGCCAAUCGUCCACGGCAAUCUGACCUGUGAUACCAUAUUUAUUCAACACAAUGGACUCGUCAAGAUAGGCUCAGUGGCGCCCGAGUCCAUCAACCAUCACGUGAAGACGUGCGCGGACGAGAUCAAGAAUUUACAUUUUGUCGCUCCGGAACACCCCAACAUAAGCCCCGCGCUGGACAUCUACGCGUUCGGCAUGUGCGCCCUGGAAAUGGCCGCCCUGGAGAUCAUCGGCAACGGCGACUCCGGCAAGCGGGUGACCCAGGACAACGUGCGGCAGACCAUCGACCAGCUCGAGGAUCCCGAACAGCGCGACUUUAUCGAGAAGUGCCUGCAGAUCAACCCGGAGGACAGGUGGACGGCCAGGCAGUUGCUGUUCCAUCCGUUGCUGUUCGAGGUUCACAGCCUCAAGUUGCUCGCGGCUACGGUGUUGGUCAAGAAUUCAGGUAAAAUAUCCAACAUAUCCGAGACCAUUACCGACGAACUGAUGCAAAGGUGGUACGGCCCGGAUGUGAUAGUGGCUGAGUUGACUCGAAACAGCGAACUGCAGCAAAUCAGAAUGACAGACGUCACUGUCAACGAAAAGCUGGAAAAGUUCGUCGAAGAUGUCAAGAACGGUAUCUAUCCACUGACGGCUUUCAGUGCCAAACAGGCUCCACUGGUCCGAUCCAGGGCCAUAUCACCGGAAAUGGCGGAAUCUGUCAAAUCCGUCACGCCCGAACCGACUGAUGUAGAAAAUAGGAAAAUAGUUAAUAUGAUGUGUGAUGUUAAGUCCAAAGAAGAAAGCUGUGAUUUAUUGUUGACAAUUGUUUUGCGUAUGGAUGACAAGAUGAAUAGGCAUUUAACUAGUUGUAUUUCUCCAAAAGAUAACCCCAAAAUACUUGCACAAGAAUUAGUACAUUACGGUUUUGUAAAUGAGGAGGAUCGCGAAAAGAUCGCUACACUGAUAGAGGAAACGUUACUGAAUACCUCAUCGGAUCAGAACAGUUCAACGACGAACCAAGACAAUGAUAGCAAAAACGUAGCGAAUUCUAUAACAACCGUUCCAAACACCACACAACCGGCAAUGGUGACGUCGCUGCCGAACUCAGUGGCGUCCGCCAAGGUGCCGAUGCACACCACCAGUUAGUAACAGAGUGACGACGCGACCCCCUCCCAGGAGGCUCCUCCGUGCCGCCAGUGGAGCAGUCGCGUCCUUGCCACUUCUACUACUACUACUUCAACUACCCGUCGCCCUGAUAACGGCAACAGCGCAUUCGCGCCAGUCUCGAUGGACCAGUAACUCGUCUCCACGCGAGACGAACAAAAUAAAACAGAGAAGAGAGUUGGCCGUCUUAACAGGGUCUUGUGAUACUAAGAGAUAGAAAUCGCGUUUUGUAUAAAUGAUUUAUAUAUAAUAGAUAUAUUGGGGGUGAUAUAUAACAAAUAGUAUACAUAUAUAAACUUUUUCGAAAGAGUGAGAGAGAGAGAGGGAAGCGAGAAAGAGAGAGAGAGAUACGCUGACUUGUACGAAACACGAACACCUUAAAAUUUUCGUCUACUCCAAAGUUUAAUAUAUUUAGAUCUAGUUGAUCGAUUUUGAUGAUUUUUUAAGCGUUUUUAAGCUGAAUUAUUUGACUUUUCAGCCUCUUUUUUAUAUUAUAAAUUAAAGUUCCUAUCUGUCUAUUAUACGAGGGAAAGCAAAACAUUGUUAUUUUGGCGAAAGUUUAAAACGCUCUGUAGAAUGUUUUAACAAUUUGAUGAAUUUAAAAACGACUUUAUCAUUAAGGAGCUUCUUUUCUCUAGAGUUUGUUUUUUGAUUAAUCUUGAUAGCAUAGAAAAAAACAAAAAAAACGCUAUUUUAUAGGUUAUAGGUGUAUUAAUGAGGGCCAAAAGAAAAACCGUGCUUUUAGUGCUAAAAUUGUUAUUAAUUGUUACAGCCUUCUUCAAAAGCAAGUAUCUCCAACAAAAAUAAAGCUGUUGAGAUGAAACAAAAGACAAAGUAUCGAGAAAAGAUGCAUCUCCAAGAUAAAGCAGUUUUUAAAAUCCUUACUAUGUUAAAUCAUUCCACAGGGUGUUUCAAACUUUCUCCAAAAAAAAACAACAUUCUGUUCUCCUUCGUAUAAAAAACAAAUAGAAAUUUUAAUUUUUAAUUCAGAAAGAGGCUGUAACAAUUCAAAUGAUUUAGCUACAAAUUGCCUAAAAAUUCAUCGAAAUCGGUCGACUAGAACAAAAAAUAUUUAACUUCAAAGAAGAUGAAAAUUUUAAGGUUUCUGUUUUUCGUACAGAGGUCUUAAGGAGAGAAAGAUACUACUACGUUUUUUAAUUCGAGGUUAGUUUUAUUACGAA